AUGGAAGAAGACAUAGAACUUGAAUACAAAGACCAGCCACGAGGAUCUGGCCAAAAUUCUGAUAUAGCCAGAUACGAGAACUUGAUAACUCUAGCAGAAUACCGAUACAACAGAGACGCUUCGAAGCUAGAGCAAGCUUUAUUGAGGACACGGAAGCUUGGGAAUAUUCAUUUAGUAGGACUUCAUCUAAGGAUGAUACCCCUAAUUGAAGCAGCCCAAACACUGCCCCUAGAGUAUGCUUUUUAUAACUGAAAAUCAGAAUGCAGAGGCCCAAGCAUUAACAAAUUGGAAAAACAUAAAAAGCUUUUUAGGCACUUAUCGAGAAAAAUUUUAACGAGAGCUUUCAUAUUGUUCAGAGAAAAGAGUUAUUUGCCUCAGAAUGAAACAAUGGAUGGGCCUGGUUAUGCGCAUGGUGCUCUCCCGCCUAUUUAUGCUCCAGAAGAAGACGAGUUCAGUGAUUAUUAA